UAAAUCAUUUGAAAGUUCUAAUUUUGCUACUUUAUUCAGUUGUAUGUAUUGGUGUUGUUUGAUUGGUUGUGUGUCCCUUUGUUGAUCUUGCUUGGUGUAUUGUAGUGUUUUUUGUUUCUUGAUUCUCAAUGAAAAAUGAAAGCUUGACAAUUUUCCUUUCUCAAUUAGCUAUUAAGGCAUAGUUUGAUAUGAUAAACAUAGUUGAAUCUAUUUUUACUUUUUGUUGAGUUGAGUUCAGCUUAAUUAUGUUAUGCUUGGUUGCCAAUGAUUACGUAGCUGGUUUCAGGUCUAGAUAAUCAAGGAGGAUUUUAGAUGAGAUUGGAGGAGGAUAAGUUAUCAGAGAGAAAGUAGCAAUAGCACAUGUUGAAGAAAAAUAUGUUGUUCAGAUGGUUUUAUGUAUUUUCUUGGAGUAGAAACAAAAUGAUAAAUUUCCCUCAAGAAAAUGUUAAUUUUUUGUUACACAUAUUUCAAAACUGAUGCAAGUGUUUUAUUUUUUGUUUCUUAAUACAGGUAUUAUGGACAUAUCUUUGUUAAAUGUGCUCUCCAAUGGCAUAUCCUCAUUUUUGCAUCCAUCAUUUUCAGAAUUGACCAAAAAAAAGUUGUAUCAAAUUUAACAUGUGCUUGAGGAUGACCCUAGAUAUUGGGAAGUGAUGUCAUCUGCACUCAGUUGGUUGGCUUGAUAUUGUGGUUAGUAAAAAGCUAAUGUAUUUCUUUCAUUUUCUUCUUCACAUAUAUUGUUUCCUUGUAAAUAAAUACUGCAUGUUGAAGUUGGCUUUUGUGUACAGGUGAAAAUGCUGAGGUUGCAUGGAUCUUAUCAACUAGAUCAGCUUAGUAAUUGUGAGUUAGAGAAUGGGCUUGUGGAGGCAGUUGCUGUUCUUAUUUCCAAAAUGCCCCGCCUAUGUCAUGAAUCUACUAAUGGAAAAUUAGGUGAACUCCUUAAAUCCAAGCCUGACUUCAUCAAGGUAAAGUUUGCAAUCCAAUACAUGCGAAGAGCAAUUCAAAAGCUUUUAGGUUGCACUGAAGAAAAUCCAGAAGAAGGGAAAGGGUGCUGCCUAAUUGUUCUAUUCUCAUACUUGUAUUUUGGAUGAAAUGGAAUGAGUCUUAUAAUGACUUUAGUUAUCUACAUGUAAUAUUUUGAUGUCUUGUGUACUUUUUGAAACGAGAUUUUACGUGUUAUUACAUGUAAUCGAUAUUUACACUAUUUUUAUUUGUGUUGUUUGGACUAAAAACAUAUCUAGCUUAUAAUAAAAUUUUUAUGAUUUAGAUUUC